CUUAACUUGACUCUUGCCAACAUAUGGGGUUUGUGACUUUGCUUGCUUCUCUGGAUGUUAAUGUAACAUCCGGUCCGUCAUCAACGGUAUUGAUCUAUAAUUUCAGUCUUUUCAAAGAGCAUACCGGCAAGCCGCUUCACAAGCAUCUUGCAUAGAGCCCCCUCACGACGUCGACGAUGCCGCCACCUCCGCUGGCAACUCUGCCACCAGUCACGCCGGACGGGAAUACAUCAUGUGCUUUCGAUAGCCUACCCGAGCUUGUUAAGCUCGUCGUGGAAGAUUGGGCCGGUUACAACAUCUCGCUGCUGGUGGACACAUGCCCAGGGGCGUGUGACCUGGUCUACGGCUCGGGGAACCCCGAUAUAUCCGGCAUAGGUGCCAUGUCCUCAUAUGCUAUUCAGGGAAUCAGCUCCCUCCUCUUUGGACCCAUUCUCGGCAUUCUAGCGCUGUACGCCAGCUCGGAUCCCUAUUCUGACUCGUUUUUCACGCUCCCGACCAAGCUGUGGGUGUCCGAGGCUUUCGCGCCUGUCGCCAGAAGCAUACACCAGACAAACGUAAUUGUCGCCUUCUCCGUGCUCCUCACGACGCUUAUACGGGUCCGCCAGGCCAGCCCCGUGUCGGAACGUGAAUUUCUCCAGCAUCUAGCUGGCUACGAGGUCCUAGUAUCUGUCAUUUCUACCUUGUCCUACCUACCAAUACAUGAGUCGUCGAAGCUGAGAAAGGCGGUCCUGUGUUGCUACGUGCUUGGCACCAUUAUUAUGGUCUUCAUCGCCCGUGAUUGGACGAGUCUCAACGCCGAGCCGUACGCCUCAGCAUAUGCGGCCAUGACCAAGUAUUGUGUUGAGCAGUACGACUGGCCGGUCCCAGAGAUUAGCUUCAUUCCUCCUACCACGAGCUCCGAGCUAGCCACACCUAGGGAGGAGCUGGUGAAGCUCAGAACGAUGGACGUUCUGUUAAUGCUAUCGCCAAUCUUUUUGCCAAUCUUUUUGCUAACCUUAGGGCCAAUCGUAGUGCCAAUCUCUGUUUUAGUCGUCCUCCUUCUUUUGAUCGUCGCGUUUGUCAUCGCUUUCGUCGCUGCCGCCAUACCAGUCUUCAUAUUUUUCGGCGCUAUUCAUGUUAGUAAAUGGGCGAUUAGGCAUGUGUUCACUCGUCCGUACGAGGCAGUAUGUCGCGGACUACAUGUCGGUCCUAAAAGACUGGGUGCAGUUCUCAUAAUUGCAGGAGUUACUGCCCUGGGCGCCACAUUGGUCAGGAUCACCUUUGAGGCGAUGCUGGUCCAGCGUCAGGAACUGCGUGCAGCAAGCGGCAACGCCUAUCAGGACAAUGAGUGGGGCUUCGGGCAGGUUGCUGCUGUCCUCGCGUGGUUCCCCGCGGUUCAAGACACGCUUCUUGCCGUCUUCGAGGCCAUUCGUAUCCACUACCACCGUGUCAGGAUCCUAAGAAUACACCGUUCAAAUCGUUCAGGAUCGCACAAUUUCGAGCGGCAAUCCCUCCUAGAGCACCACAAAACCACAUAGGAGAUCACACAAUCAGAUGGAUAAGACCUUACUUCAUCUUCCAAAGAGCUAGCAAAUGGUUAAAACCAGGUAUCAGCGCAUUCUACUAUAUCAGGCUCACUCCACAAAAUACAGAUAUCAAAAUGUCAGUCUUGUCAUCAGAGGACUUAUACAAUCGACGCUAUCUGACAUUCCAGAUACAUUUGUUUAUAAUCUAGCUCAGUUAGCAUACUUUACUACCUACGACACGAAAUGUGCACGUGAAGGCCCUACCAUCCAGGACCACCUAAUGCAUAACCCCACCUAAUGCAUAACCAAAAUUUCGCUCCUCCCAUACAAAAUCCAAAUUUUCAAU